UCUUUACAAAGGAAGAACAUUCAUAUGCGGAAGAAGCAAGAAGCUGGAAAACAAUCGGGUGGAUCGACGAACUGUAACUUUAAAUAAGGAAUAAAAGAAACAGACGACGGCGUGACAUUUGGCCUGCUCAACUAUUUCUGUCUCUGGUGGACGGUUUCCACAUUAAGAAAGGGCAAGAUGGAAUUCCUGUUUGGAAAAAGAAAGACUCCGGAGGAGAUGCUCAGACAGAAUCAGAGAGCGCUAAACAGAGCCAUGCGAGAUCUAGACAGAGAACGCCAGAGGCUGGAGCAACAGGAGAAGAAAAUAAUUGCUGACAUUAAGAAAAUGGCCAAACAAGGACAGAUGGAUGCUGUGAAGAUCAUGGCUAAGGACUUGGUCCGCACAAGACGAUACGUUAAGAAAUUCAUAAUGAUGAGAGCCAAUAUUCAAGCUGUCAGCCUUAAAAUCCAAACCCUCAAAUCAAAUAACAGCAUGGCGCAGGCCAUGAAAGGAGUCACAAAAGCCAUGGCCACCAUGAACAGACAGUUGAAGUUGCCACAGAUUCAGAAGAUCAUGAUGGAGUUUGAGCGCCAAAGUGAAAUCAUGGACAUGAAGGAGGAGAUGAUGAACGAUGCAAUCGAUGAUGCAAUGGGAGAUGAAGACGAUGAAGAGGAGAGUGAUGCUGUGGUUUCUCAAGUUCUGGAUGAGCUGGGUCUGAAUCUGUCUGACGAACUAUCAAGCCUGCCUUCUACCGGAGGAAGCCUUUCGGUUGCAGCUGGGAAGAAAGCUGAACCGCAGCCUACACUGGCAGAUGCGGAUGCUGACUUAGAGGAGAGGCUGAACAACCUCAGGAGAGACUGAGAAAGACUUUC